AUGACACCUCAAACCGUUGCAUCGGCAUUCGUCAGCACGUGGGUCAGCCGUUUCGGAGUCCCAUCGGAGAUUAUCACCGACAGAGGACGCCAAUUUGAAUCUGCUUUGUUUCAAGCUUUGACCAAGACCCUCGGUUGCACACGCCUUCGGACGACUUCUUACCACCCGGCCACGAACGGCAUGGUGGAGCGUUUCCACCGCACCCUGAAAGCUGCCAUCAUGUGUCAUGGGAACACCUCGGAGUGGGUUUCCACUCUGCCCGUUGUGCUCCUCGGUCUUCGCACAGCCGUGCACUCCUCACUGAAUUGCUCGAAGGCGGAGCUGGUGCACGGAACCACGCUUCGUCUGCCCUCCGAGUUCUACGUGUCCCAGCAGUCGGCGGACCCGCAAGGCCCUUCCGACUACCUCGCACGAUUACAACAGGUUUUCCUCCACCUGCGCCCUACACCGACACGAACGCACCACAGCCAUUCUCCCUUCGUCAGCCCGGACCUCUCGACCUCGUCUCACGUCUUCCUCCGGACUGAUGCUGUUCGCAAGUCCCUGCAACCGCCGUACUGA